UUCAAAUUUUGAACUAACACAAACACGUUUUGCCUUUCUAUUUUCUUGUACUCUCCUACUAAAGAGUUUUCCGGCCGCUGUUAGGAAGAUGUCAUUUUCUUCGCUCUUUUUCUCACUUACAGUAAUUUGACAGAGAAACGUGUCAGCCGAAGGCGGGAGAUGCAUCUAAAACGCACCCAGACAGGACAGGCAGAGGGCGCUGUAUGACAUCUCUUUCCACUUGCAACAGGCAGGCUUUUGCCCCACCAGUUCUUCGUUCCUACUUUCUCGAUAGCGAACGCCUGUGAGACGGUUUUCUCCUUCUCGCAUCUUAAAAAUGAAAGAAGUCUAGGACGUUAGAGUAUAUUUUCUCGCGAUGACAGUUCUCAAAACGAGUUGCGCAGACAUCGGUGAUACAGGCAGAGUGACGUAACUUUUUAUGGCAGUUGAAGGAAUAUUGUGAGCACGAUAUUUCACUUGGGAUAUUUAUUUAAAUUAUAAAAUGAUCUCCGCUAUCAUUGUAUUUGCUUGGGCAGUUACUCUGGUAACUGGAACUUUCUCUGGUCAUUUAAGAUUGGAGCCUUCAGAUGAAUUCUAUGCUUAUUUUACUGGAGACAGUUUUUUCAUUACAUGUUUAUCAGACCCAUCAAGUGAAGCAACACGACUUACGUGGCAGACGCCAUCUGGAAGGGAUAUAACACAUACUAGAGGCCGCGUGCACGUGGAGCCGUCCCCGAACAAUAUUUUAGGUCUUCAACUUGUAGUUGAAGAUGUUCGUUACAAAGACCAAGGCAUUUUCACCUGUUCUGCCGUUGUAGAUGGAAGAGAAACAAGGAUUCAAUUUUCACUAAAAGUUUAUCGUAAGUAUGUGUUAUAUCUCUGUGUGUUAGUUCCAAGCGUGAUUAGGCCUCUUUUUUUCUUUAUAUAA